GUAAACCAGAGCUUAAAUUUUUAUGCUCUACUCAUAUCGAAAAACGGUCGAAAUUAAAUUUAGCACUUAACUUUACAAUGACCGACCAAAUUUCUGUAAAGGAUAUUCACCAGUCCUUCAAAGCUAAACAAACUUCAAAAUUUUUAGAUCCGUGUCCAAACGAAACUUAUGCUGCUAUGAAAUGUUUGGAUUCAAAUAAUUAUGACAAGAGUAAAUGCCAAGAUUUAUUUUUACAAUACCGUGAAUGUAAAAAAAAAUGGUUGAAAGAGCGUAGAGAACUACGAAGACGAGGACUAUUGUGA